GAUUUUCUACUGUCAGUACUCAGACGUCAGAGUGAUUUCUUGAAUUUAUAAAUUUUGUGAAUUUAUUUUUUAUCAGAAAAGAUAUAUUUUUUGUCUUUUUAAAAAUUACAAAAUAAAUUAAAAAGUCGUGAAUUAAAUACUAAUCCAAUCAUAUAAAUCAUGGCACAUGCCACAUCUCAGGGACCGAAGCUCCUUCAUGGCUUCAAGCGACCAACACGUUUCGAGAAAGGUCUUGGCGCUGAACUUCCCGAAGCCUAUAAGAAGUUCUGGCGCGAAUGGAAAUUAACAAAACCCGCCGCCGUUCAUUAUAUCCCCAAAGAAGGCGAAUGGGAGCGUGACGAUAUAACUGGUGAAAUCAAACCUAUCCAAGAUCAAGCACUGCCAUUGAUUGAUGUACCCGAGGCCAAUGAGGGUAUUUGGGGUGGAGAGGCUAUUGUCAAAGGCUUCCAAAAACGCAAUCCACACAAGAGGAGGGUUCCACAUUUCUGGGUGCCGGUUCUCAAAAGGUCUGUUGUGCACUCUCAGGUAUUGGACCAGUAUAUAUCGACUGUGGUGACUGAAAGGACAUUGAAUUUAAUCCAUGAAUGUCAAGGAUUCGAUCAUUAUCUGUUGAAGAAUCCUGCUUGUGAUUUGCGAUCCACUCUGGCUUUCAAGUUGAAAAGAAAAAUUCUGGUAGCCCUUCUAAAUGGUUGUCCAGACUUAAGUGGAAAUCCAGCUGAACAAAAGAGAAUUCUGAAUGAAUACAAAAAAUAUCUAGAAGCGUACACUCCUGAAGAAAUUGACUGGUAUGGUUUGACUUACCAAGAAGCUCUUAGAAAACUACAGGCUCAAAUUCGAGCUGAGAAUCCAAUUGUACCACAUAAAGUCGAGUUUCGUCUUAAAUUAAUUGAACAACUUAAGAAUGCUGGAAUUAAGGAAGCUGGUGGCGUUGAAGAGGGCAAAGGAGAUGAGACAGAAGCAUUGCAAUUAGACUCACCAUCUACAAAUUGGCUAUCGAAAAUUAAUCCUUUUGGAAAGAAACAAGAAACUUAGUUUAUGAUCUUUCAUUUUCAAAUAAAUUUGCUAGUCGCAAGCCAAUAUGGGAAAUUA